GCGGCGGCCGCCUCCGCCGAGGCCUGGGCCGGCCCGCCGCCGCCGCCACUUGGCUGAUGCGUCCGGAGCGGCCGCCAUGGACAAGAUCCUGGAAGGGCUGGUGAGCUCGUCUCACCCGCUGCCGCUGAAGCGGGUGAUCGUGCGGCGCGUGGUGGAGUCGGCGGAGACGCCACUGAGCCAGGCGCAGUGCCGCGCCAUGUUCGCCCUCAGCACCCGACUGGUGCUGCAGGGCCCUGACCCCUUCCAGCGGCAGGUGGGGCGGCAGGUGCUGGAGGCCUACGGCCGCUACCACCGCGCCGAGUUCGAGGCCUUCUUCAACCGCGGGCUCGUCCUCGGCCUUCUGCAGCGCGGCUACGGCGAGCUGAGCAACCGCGACCCCGCCAUCCUCGACUACAUCCAGUCCGGGCUGCGCCUUAUUAUGAGCUGCCCCUCAGUGCUGGAGCUCUUCGAGCUGCUGCAGGUGGAAGCGCUGCGGCUGGUGUGCGAGCGGCCCGCGCCGCCGCUCUGCGCCCGCCUCUGCCAGCUGCUGAGCGACUUCCCGCAGUGCUUGCCCCGCGGCAGGAAGCUCUCACUUGCCUUCUGCCAGCAGCUGGUCCGCAGCAUCGCCCACUUCCAGAGCCAGGGCAGCCGGGAGGCCGAGCUGCGCCUCUACGUCUCGCAGGUGACGCAGGUCAGCGGGCUCCUGCGCAGCGUCUGGAAGGCUGAGCCCGACACGCUGCUGCCCUCCCUGCAGGAGCUCUUCGCCAUCAUCUCCGCCGCCGAUACUUCGUUUGAACCUUCUGUUGCACUGGCAAGCCUUGUGCAGCACAUACCGUUGCAGAUGAUUACAGUACUCAUCAGGAGCCUUACUACAGAUCCAAAUGUGAAAGAUGCAAGUAUGACUCAAGCUCUGUGCAGAAUGAUUGACUGGUUGUCCUGGCCUUUGGCUCAGCAUGUGGAGACAUGGGUGAUUGCACUGCUGAAAGGACUGGCUGCAGUCCAGAAAUUUACCAUCCUCAUUGAUGUCACUCUGCUUAAGAUUGAAUUGGUCUUUAAUCGACUUUGGUUUCCUCUAGUGAGGCCUGGUGCCCUUGCUGUCCUUUCCCACAUGUUACUUAGUUUUCAGCAUUCUCCGGAAGCUUUUCAUUUGAUUGUCCCACAUGUGGUCAGUUUGGUCCACUUCUUCAGAAGAGAUGGCUUACCUUCCAGUACAGCCUUUUUGAUGCAGUUGACGGAGUUGAUACACUGUAUGAUGUAUCAUUAUUCAGGAUUUCCAGAGCUGUAUGAACCCAUUCUGGAAGCUGUGAAGGAUAUGCCCAAACCCACCGAAGAGAAGAUUAAAAUGAUUCUCAGUCAGAGUGCCUGGACUUCUCAGUCCAAUUCGUUGCUAUCUUGUUUAUCUAGAAUUUCUGGAAAAUCUGAAACUGGGAAGACAGGUUUAAUUAAUCUAGGAAAUACUUGCUACAUGAACAGUGUUAUUCAGGCACUUUUUAUGGCUACAGAUUUCAGAAGACGUGUUUUAUCUUUGAAUCUAAAUGGAUGUAAUUCACUAAUGAGAAAAUUACAGCAUCUUUUUGCAUUUUUGGCCCAUACCCAGAGGGAGGCAUAUGCUCCUAGAAUUUUCUUUGAGGCUUCCAGACCACCGUGGUUCACCCCUCGUUCACAGCAGGAUUGCUCAGAAUAUCUCAGAUUCCUGCUAGACAGACUGCAUGAAGAAGAGAAGACCUUGAAAACAUUGUCUUCAGCAAAAAUUUCUGCAGGCAUUUUAAAUGAAGAGUCCCAGACACAAGAAGCUGUCCAUAAAGCACAAGUGUUCGCUGAAGCACCUUGUAUGGGAAGUGAAGAAAGAACUCUGAUAGAGAAAAUGUUUGGAGGAAAAUUGAAGACAACUAUAUGCUGUUUGAACUGCAAAAGUAUGUCUCAAAAGGAAGAAGCUUUCACAGAUCUUUCUCUGGCUUUCUGUCCUCCAACUUCCUUGGAGAACAUCGGCUCAAAAUGUAUGGAACGUUCUGAAGUGAAAGGUGACUACGUGUUGCAGACUAAUACUUUAGGAACUAGUCCUGCUGGAGAAACGCCUCUCAAUCACUUUGAAGUAAAUGGUGGAUGUGACACAAUAAUGAAUGAAGGAACCAUAAAAGAUUGUUCUACUGAGCCAAACUCUGAGAACACCACAAAUUCUGAACUCAACAAAGUUCAAGAUAAUGGGGAUGUGUCUCAGAACACCCUGUCAGUUACAGACUUAUUGAAUUAUUUCCUGGCACCUGAAAUCCUCAGUGGAGAUAAUAAGUAUUAUUGUGAGAAGUGUGCCUCUCUGCAAAAUGCUGAGAAAACUAUGCAAAUCAUUGAGGAACCUGAAUACCUCAUUCUCACUCUUUUGAGAUUUUCGUAUGAUCCAAAGUGUCAUAUAAGGCGCAAAAUCUUGGACAAUGUGUCUCUGCCACUUGUUUUGGAACUGCCAGUCAGAAGCGCAAAAUCCUCUUUAGCUGUGGUUUCAGGAGGUUGGUCUGUUGGUGUUGAGAUUUCAGAUAUUGGAGAAAAUCUUGCUAAAAAACUGAAGCCCUCAAGUGCUGAUGAAGUGACCUGCCCGCAGCUGAUGCCCUAUGUGUUAAGCUCUGUGGUGGUGCAUUCUGGUGUAUCCUCUGAAAGUGGACAUUAUUAUUCAUAUGCUAGAAAUGUUACUGGAUCAGGACCUUCAGAUCUGUGCCACCAGUCUACAGCUCUUUCUUUAGUUUCUCCUCAGGAUAAAUUGUUGACAGAGGAGAGUCCUUGUACUGUCAUAGAAAAUGAGCUGAACACAGAGAUGCCACGAGAAUGGUUUCUGUUCAAUGACAGUAGAGUGACAUUUACCUCAUUUCAGUCAGUCCAGAAAAUUACCAGUAGAUUUCCAAAGGACACUGCUUAUGUUCUGUUUUACAAAAAACAAAACAGUACCUGUGGCUUCAACACCAGUUCGGCAAAUGGACUCUGGUUAAAUGGAGACCCACCCCUACAAAAAGACCUCAUGGAUGCAAUUACGAAAGAUAACAAGCUGUACUUGCAGGAGCAAGAGCUUAGUGCUCGAACACAAGCACUUCAAGCUGCCUCAGCCUCGUGCUCUUUCCGACCCAAUGGAUUUGAUGACAAUGACCCCCCAGGAAGCUGUGGACCCACAGGUGGAGGAGGAGGGGGUGGGUUCAGUACUGUUGGUAGAUUAGUCUUUUGACUAUGAAGACAACCUGGAAUGCACUGGUUCCGAAACAGCACAGUACAGCUGAGGACAUCUAAAAUAUUGAACUUUGUUGAAUAUUGUACUAAGUUUUGAGACUUAUGUUUUAUUUGAAAUAAAUAAGUGCAUAAUGAAAAAAAACUACCUCUUAAAAGUUCAGUUGCUUUUAUAUUAAGAUAUGCUUGCCCAAGAGACAGAAAAUGGAAAUCUUUAAGUAGUUGCUGAUAACACUGCAUUAAACCCAACAGACGCACUUCCAUCAGUUUCUAUUGUCCUCAUCCACUGAAUGAAGAAAGGUCAUUUUUUAUUCUGACUAUAUUGUUUUAUGUGGAAAUCCUUUCAGAUGAGAUAAACUGCGUACAUGGUCUUUCACUUUCACCUUAUUUUCAAAUCCAGUACCUUUAUGGAUUUCGAGAUGAUGCAAUUUAUAAUGAAGGCAAUAACUUAAAUGUGACAUCAUACAGUACUUUCCAGACGAAAAAUUGUUCCAUAUAUUUCCCGUGUAAAUGUAAAGAAGAAAAAGUAAUUUAUAAGUAUUUCCUAAGUUGUUUUCAACAAAAAAUGCAUGUUCUGUAGGAAUAAUGUUUUUCAAUAGGAAUUGUUAACUUUGUAGCAUUUCUUAUUGUUUUGAGAGUUUAAAAAUUAUUUCAGGGAAUAUAUCUGCUGUGUGUUGGAAAGGAAGAGAUUCUGUAUGUGCCUUGCAGUGCUGUAACUUAAACCUUCUGAGGCUGCAGAAAAGGGGGAAAGUGUGGUAGUUUCAAUCACUAUUAGAAAUCAGUAUGUUUCUAGAAAGCUAUUAGGCUUCCAGAAGUAAAAAUCUGGUAGUGCGAAAUGCCACAAGUGUGUUGCUCAUGAUUUAUUUUGUCUUAAAAAGAUACAUACCUAGUGAUCUCUGCGUUGCUAAGAAAAUCUGGUCAUAAAUACUGAGCUAUGUUUGUAAAGUAACAGAGAGGCUCCAUGUAUGUAUCCUUGCUGAGGAUAUAUGCUUCUAAGAGUCCUUUGAGGUUUUUGCCUAUGGUGAAAAAUUUCUGAUGAGUUCGGAUUUUAACUGUCUGCAGAAGACUAAAAUGAUGCUAUCUGUGGAGCAGCGUCUGCUGGCUCAUUAACACCAGCAGAAGUUGAGGAUCCACUCUUUUUAAAAAGUCUAGGUGGAAGUAGCAACUUGGGAUUUUAUGUGCAAUGAGGAUAGUGGAAGUAAGGGAGUUAUACUGUUGAAACUGGUGAUUAAUUUUUAACUUGAUUAAUCUUAUAGUGAAGUGUAAAUUUAUUUAAAGUAUUUUUACAAAAUUCUGCACUGUUUUACUGUGUUUUUAUAUUCUACUAAGUGACAAAGUGCAUCCUUAAAAAGCAUGCAGACUUGGCAGUUGUUAGCUUAACUGUACAAAAUAAACCACUUUCUUUAAAAAUGCCUUUUAAAUUAAGUUGAAAAAAAUUAAACCUGGUUAAUAUGAUAUCAAA